GUGUGUGUGUGUGUGUGUGUGUGUGUGUUCCCGUUCCCAGGUUGAAGGAGUGUGACGUCUGGGGUCAGUGUGAGGUCCUGAGGGUCCUGCAGCGUUACCGGCCUCAGACCGAGGACGAGCUGUUUGACAUCCUGUCCCUGCUGGACGCCUCGCUGGUCAGCCCCCACCCCCCCACCAUGGCCGCCACCCUCAGCCUCUUCCUGGGGCUCUGCUCGGCCCUGCCUGCUGUCGGGCUGGCGGCCCUGGAGCGAGUGCGGGCCCCCCUGCUGACUGCCUGCGGAAGCCCCUCCAGAGAGAUGAGGCUCACCACCCUGUGCCACAUACAGCUGCUGCUGCGGUCUCUGCCUGGCCUGAUGGGGGCGCACUACAAGCGUUUCUUCUGUGGCUACGCAGAGCCAGCCUACAUCAAGCAGAGGAAGAUGCAGGUGAUGACUCAAGGCUCGUCUCAAUUGAAUAUUUGACCUCCUCCUUUCCCUCACUCGCGUCCCUUCCUUGCGUCUUAGCUCCGCCUCCGUAAGAUGCAAG